CUUAGAGCAAUUACUUGUCCAGAAAGUAACUGCCAAUCAUUCUUAAAGGGGAAGGCCUCCAAUUAAUAACCUCGUCUUAAUCCUCUGGACUCAGGGCCCAGUGACAUCUGCAAGACUAAAUAAAGAAUCUCCCCGGGGCUUUAGGCGAGGUGGGCUCCGUGACAAUUAAGGCGACUACCGAGAACUUUGGCUGCCAAGCUCCGAGAUUGGGAAGGUUGAGCUGCUUGUUUGCCUUUCCCGGAGGGACCGUCAAAGUUAAAUACUUCUGCGCAAUCCAAGUAGGCAUCAAGAUGUUCCUCAGCAAAUGCGAGGGGGAGCUGGGCGAGCUGAGGAAGAGCUUGGACAGCGAGAGCACCACGCCGGAGAAUCCCGAUGAGGAGCAGCCCAAGAAAAAGCACCGGCGAAACCGUACCACGUUCACCACCUAUCAGCUGCAUGAGCUGGAGAGGGCCUUUGAGAAAUCGCACUAUCCAGACGUCUACAGCCGUGAGGAGUUGGCCAUGAAGGUUAACCUGCCGGAGGUCAGAGUGCAGGUCUGGUUUCAAAACCGGAGAGCCAAGUGGCGCCGGCAGGAGAAGAUGGAAGCCAACUCCAUGAAGCUCCAUGAGGCCCCCAUGCUGUCCUUCAACAGGCCCCCCAUGGCUGCCAACGUGGGGCCGAUUGGCAACUCUCUCCCCUUGGACCCGUGGUUGACAUCACCCAUUUCCAGCGCCACCACGGUGCACAGCAUCCCGGGAUUCAUGGGGCCCACCCAAGCCCUCCAGCCUGCGUACGCGGGGCACUCUUUCCUCAACAGCCCCCCAGCCCUGCCCCAGGGCAUGCAACCCAUGGCACCCACACCCUACCAGUGCGCCACAACGUUUGUGGACAAGUACCCCCUGGAGGACGUUGACCAGCGGAGUUCCAGCAUCGCGUCGCUGCGGAUGAAAGCCAAGGAGCACAUUCAGACCAUUGACAAGACAUGGCAGCCGAUUUGAUGGUGGGUUGGCCGGACCUGCCACAAGAAAUGCUGGCCAGGCAGGUGGGACUGGUGGCUGGAUCUCUCACAAGUGGCAAAAAAAAAGGCCUCUUAGCUUCCCUCAUAAGGCACUUGUGAAUGGACAAAAAUGGGGUGUGCCCCCCACACACACACCAGAGACUGAGUUGCAGUUGGGGACUCAGGUGGAGUUAUGGUCCUCUAGUGCCACUUCACCGUCCGUGACCAAACACCAUGUUGAGCGGGCAUAUUCUGGACAGCUACUCAGGAGGGGGUACUCCGUGUGUGUGUGUGUGUGUGUCAGUCUCCCCACUUGCAAGGGGUGGCCUCUUCCACUCUAAAAGGUGGUAGUGGUGACAAUGGAAGAACUGGAAGGAAAGAAUUCUGCAGUGUGACCCCAUUUCCUUAUAAGGAUCUUUGCUAUGUCAUCACGGAAGUUGGCGUUAUGGCUACAGAGAUGUCUGCCUCUGUAUUAAAAACGUCUUCUCUCUCAGGAUAAGAAAGCAGAUGUUAGGUUACUGACGUGUAGGGCUGCCAUAUUUUUGACUUGAAAACUUAGGACACCCUUCCCACUGUCUUUUAAA